AUGGAUUGGUUUCAUUGCAACCAGUGUUUCCGAAAAGAUGGGGCACAUUUCUUUGUCACCAGCUGUGGCCAUAUUUUCUGUAAAACAUGUGUGACUCUGGAAAAAUGUGCUGUUUGUGGAACUGCCUGCAAGCAUCUAGCUCUUUCUGAUAAUCUGAAACCUCAGGAGAAAAUGUUCUUCAGAAGCCCUGUGGAGACAGCUUUGCAGUAUUUUAAUCACAUCUCUCAGGUGUGGAGUUUCCAGAAGAAACAAACAGAUCUCCUCAUCGCCUUUCAAAAGCAUAGAAUCACGAAGUUGGAAGCAGCCAUGCAAGAAGCACAGCAAACAAUGGCCAGCCAGGACAAAGAGCUGUCUAUGUUAAAAAAGGAGAAUGGAGAGCUGAAGAAAUAUCUAGCCCUUCUAAAGGAAUCUCCAAGUCGGUACCAAGGAAACAGGUUGACCACACCCCGGCCAGUGGGCAUUACUUCCCCGACACAGUCAGUGACUCCUCGACCCAGUUGCCAUCAUAGUAGCCAAGUGGUCAGUCGAUCUUCCUCAGUGGAGUCCAUCCCUUACAGAGUGGCUGACUUGGGUAGCAUAGGACAAGGAGGCAGAGGCCUGCAGGGAAGGAGCACUCCCAGGGACUCUUACACUGAAACCCCUUCCCCAGCUUCAUCUCACAGCCUUUCUUACAGGCCUUCAUCUGCCUCCUCUGGACAGGGGAUUUUUUCUUUCAGAUCGUCCCUAACUGGGGACUCGGGCCCCUUCAGAGUCCUCACUCCUAACAGUUCUGGUCCCAGGGAGGGCAGAGCCACACAGGACAGUCUUCCUGGUCUCCAGCUACCAGCCCUGCAGACUCUAUACCAACAGAGGCAGAUGGGAUUAGCCAGGGGGAAUGAAGCAUGGAGCACUUCGAGAUAG